AUGCCCAUUCAAACUACCCGUCUCUUAUCACCAGAAACAUGCAAUAAUUUCUUUGAAUACAGGUUGCAGUCUUCAUCUGUGACAUCAUACAGAGGUUCCUGCUUGCGUAGUCCUCAACUUGGGGGCAAAAGCACAACCUUUAUGAAAAGUCUCUCCCCAGACACUCACCCCCCCAAGAACACUGCCACUUCAUUGGAGUUUGAAUCACCAUCAAAACCCAAGGCUGAAUUAAACAUAUGUCCUGUACUAACACCUUUGCAGAGGGAGGCAUCCCCCAAAUCAGCUGAUGAAUGUGUUCCUAAAGAUGGCUUAUGCAAGUGGAUUAUCAUUGCCAUCAAAGAUGCUGAUAACGUGGAAGAAGUCCUAGAAUUCUUCAAUGUGUCAAACGACGAUUAUCUUUCUAUUUUAGAUUCCAUUGAUGAAGAUGGAGAUGAAGACAAAGUAAUACGCAAACUGGUAUACGCUGAAGACCUGAGACUCCUUACUGCCACCCUGCCUAACCAACUUCAUCAAGCAUACCUUGCCCCGAUGAGCGCCACGCUGCUCGGCACUGUGGGGUCGAUAGGCAUACCCUACCGAUUUGGGCAGAUCCGCAUCCAAACUGACGUUCAACUUCUGAGCACCGUUGGUCUGAAACUUGGAGUGCCGGAUAUGUUGAUGGAAUACAAGGACCCAGAUGGUGAUUGUAUCCCGCUGUGGGCUACUGAGAUCAGCAUCUCACAGAUGAAGAAAUCGGCAACAAAGAGACUCACCAGCUUCAUGGUGAAGCGCAAGGAUCUCCUUGCCAUCACAUCAAUUGAUGUAAAAGAGGUAAAAAAGCAUGCAGGGCCUGAGUCAGGGUUGAAGGUGGCAGAUGUCUUAGAAGAACGCCCAUCAGUCUCAAUGUUUUCGCAGUGGCUGUCGCACAUGGCCACCAACUCUGAGGACCCAACCAUCAUGAAAAUGUUUUGUCACAUCUGGCAGUAUCCCAUCACUGUGACGAUCACAACAGUGGCUUUGCACCACCCCGAUGGCAGCUUCAACGUUAAUGAAAAAGACCCUGAUCUUUGUGCAACAGCGGUAUGA